UGGUUUAACGUCCAUUAAAAAAAAGGACUGCUUCAUGUUCUUCCGGUGCGCAUAUUUUCACUUUUCUGAGGCAGAUGAUAAAGAAAAGGACUUAAAUCAACCACUACCCGUCUUUGUGAAGUAACCAGAAACCAACCACCAAUGACCAAGCUAACCAGUGAGAGAUGGAAGGGGGUGAUGAGUCAUAGCAGCGAGCGAUGAGCGAUGGGCGAUGGGCGAUGGGCGAUUACCCACUACCAAUACAUGAUGAUAUGAUUCUUGCGGUUGCUUAGGAUUAGGAUAAAAAAUUUAAUUAAUCCCUUCAUUGCCAAAAUUCCAAUCCCCAGGUGCGAGAGUUCGAUCUUCCUUUGCUGCAACAGCGUAUAUUAGGUUUCUCUCUUUGUAUUUAAUUUCUGGGUGUUUAUGGUUUCGCCCGGUGGGAGGAAUCUUGUCAGGUCUUUUGUCAUGCUCUUUGUGUGUUUGUCAAUAGGGUUAAAUGGACUUUUUUGUUAAGUUUGUUGUAUUGGGAUCGCAAAUUGCGUGAUUCGGUGGCUUGGUUAGUGGGCGAGGGAAUUUUGGACUGCAGUUUGGCAUCAGAUGCUGAAAGACACGGGCGGUGAUGGUGGUGUUCCUGACCUGGAGAACCAGUCGGCCAACGCCAACGCCAACGCCAACAAUGGUGAUCAAACUCCCGGACCCUCUGCAAAGUUGUCAAUUGCUUUGGACACCUCUAAGGAAGAACAACUGUCUCCUAAAAAACCUUAUUUGUCCAGGACUGCAAGUUCUUUGGAGCUAUGCAGAGUUUGUCAGCAGGAGAAAGAAGAAGUUCUAAUAGAACUUGGGUGCCACUGUCGAGGUGGUCUUGCCAAAGCCCACCGGUCAUGCAUAGAUACUUGGUUUUGUACAAGAGGAUCAAACAAAUGCGAGAUAUGCCAACAGAUAACUGCAAAUGUGCCACCUCCAGUUUCACAGACCAGUGGAUGUCUUAGUCCACUUUGGGUGGCAUUUUCAAUCCUCAUUGGUGGUCUUCUGUUGGAUGUGCUGAUAUCCAUUACCCUUGGUAUCUCAGCACUGCCGGUCAACAUUAUAAUCGGUGUUAUUAUUGUGCUUGGACUUGGGACUGCACUGCGACUUGCUGUUGAUGUCUUUCAUGAGUGGAGUUUGAGAAGAGUUGUGCAAAGGGUGGAAGCAAAUGUGAAUCUUGGUUACCAUCCUGCUUUAUAGGUAAAUUUGUGUAAAAUGAAAUCUACAACUUACAAUUCACCUCUUAAUUUAUUGUGUACUGUGAAUAAUUGUUCAUGUUGUUUUUUGAUUUGCGAGGGUAUCUUUGUUAGUUCAUAUUUCGGUGCACCAUGGUGCAAUGGGGAACAAUUGUUAUUCUCUUAAAUUUGUUGGAACUUUUCAUUCAUGUUUGAAAUGAAAAUACUUUAUUUUGAUC